GGCUGCGCUGCGCGGCGCGGGCGGCUGACGCGCCUCUGGGGCCGGGCCGGGCCUUGGGGGGACCGGGACGAGGCGAGGCCGGGCCGGCGGCGGCCGGGGGACCGCGACGAUGACUCUGGAGUCCAUGAUGGCGUGUUGCCUGAGCGACGAGGUGAAGGAGUCGAAGCGCAUCAACGCAGAGAUCGAAAAGCAACUGCGGCGGGACAAGCGCGACGCCCGGCGCGAGCUCAAGCUGCUGUUGCUCGGCACUGGUGAGAGCGGCAAGAGCACCUUCAUCAAGCAGAUGCGUAUCAUCCAUGGCGCCGGCUACUCGGAGGAGGACAAGCGUGGCUUCACCAAGCUGGUGUACCAGAACAUCUUCACCGCCAUGCAGGCCAUGGUGCGCGCCAUGGAAACUCUCAAGAUCCUCUACAAGUAUGAGCAGAACAAGGCCAAUGCACUCCUGAUCCGGGAGGUCGAUGUGGAGAAGGUCACGACUUUCGAGCACCAGUACGUGAAUGCCAUCAAGACGCUGUGGAGUGACCCUGGUGUCCAGGAGUGUUACGAUCGCAGGCGGGAGUUCCAGCUCUCUGACUCGGCUAAGUACUACUUGACGGACGUGGACCGCAUCGCCACAGUGGGCUACCUGCCCACCCAGCAGGACGUGCUGCGGGUGCGCGUGCCCACAACUGGCAUCAUCGAGUACCCGUUCGACCUGGAGAACAUCAUCUUCAGGAUGGUGGAUGUUGGCGGGCAGAGGUCAGAGCGCAGGAAGUGGAUCCACUGCUUCGAGAACGUGACAUCCAUCAUGUUCUUGGUGGCCCUAAGCGAGUAUGACCAGGUCCUGGUGGAGUCGGACAACGAGAACCGCAUGGAGGAGAGCAAGGCGCUGUUCCGCACCAUCAUCACCUACCCCUGGUUCCAGAACUCCUCCGUCAUCCUCUUCCUCAACAAGAAGGACCUGCUGGAAGACAAGAUUCUGCACUCUCACUUGGUUGACUACUUCCCUGAGUUUGACGGGCCACAGCGGGACGCCCAGGCCGCACGCGAGUUUAUCCUGAAGAUGUUUGUGGACCUGAACCCCGACAGCGACAAGAUCAUCUACUCACACUUCACCUGCGCCACCGACACGGAGAACAUCCGCUUCGUGUUCGCCGCCGUGAAGGACACCAUCCUGCAGCUGAACCUCAAGGAGUACAACCUGGUGUGACCGGGCGUGACCUGGCGCAGCCCCCGAGUCCAGCCGCCCGCACCCGGGGCCUGGCGAGGGCUGGGGCGCCUCUCCCCCCGCCCACUGCCGUCCCCGGCACCAUUCCUCAAGGGCAGGGAUGGCCUCUUUUUGGCCUUGACUCCUUGUGGCUUGAGGGAUUUUGGUUUUUUGUUUUUUUUGUUUUUUCUAGGAAAAAAAAAAAACCCAAACAAACAAAAAAGAAAAAAACCAUGAACGUCAGUGCGCCCUCCCCAGGGACUCCCCACAGCCACGAGGCUCUCAAGGUCAGGGCCACUACAGCCCGAGCCCACAGUCCUGAGUUCCAGUCCUUAUCCCCGGGGAAGGCUGCAGGCUUGGGGACCACGGACUGCCCCUUUUCUAAGUUAUUGAUAUCCCAUGUGCCCUCGGGGCCCGCACCCUCCGCUCCCUAGACUCCAAGAAGUGGGGGUGGGCGGACCCUGUGCCCACCCUGGGAAGUGCCUAAUCGUUUUCGUUUUGUUUUUGUUUUUGAAGAAAAGAGAUAUAUUCUGCUCCACUAUGGCUUGUAGGGCAGAUGACACACUACAGGGUCUCCUGCUCAGAGUGACCUUCACCCCUGUGUCCCCAAGAUCUGCUCUCCACUGGCCUGGCUGGAAGCGGCCCUAGGGAGCCUGAGGGGCAGCUGGAGGGACCGUCCAAGGCCCUGUGGCUCAGUGAGGCCCCUACCCACCCCCCCCCCGUCGUUGAGAGCGGGGUGCUCAGGGGCUCCUUCCGAAUAUUCUCAGGUCUGUCCCCAGACACGGACAGUGGCCUCGCCCCACGCACUGGUCCCCGGCUCCAGUCUCUGCACCAUGCCGGUGCUUCCCAGGCCGGAUGCCAGCGUCCAGGAAGUGAUGGCCAUGGCCAGAGAGGACACAGGCAGCCCCCUGCUGCUCAUACACACUACAGUGUCUGUCUGUCAGAUUUCUUUACUUUUGCACGUGCGUUCUGGGUUUGGAUAUCCAGCCUUGCCUUUGUCCUGCCUGCCACGCUGGACUCCAGGCCCCAGAGUGUCCACUCAGACAUGCGCCAGUCUGGGCAGUGGGCUACACUGCCGUCCAGGCAGAAGGGAACAAGGGACCAGUGGACAUGACAGAGCCCUAGGGUGUGGAUGGGUGGCUGUGACGGUCCCCCACAUUCCUAGCCUCCACCCCAUGGGUCCCCCCCCCUCCCACCCCGGGCUUCUCUCCUGUCUGCAGCUGAGGGGCAGUCUCGUGCCACCCCGCCCACUGCAGGGCUGCAUGGGUGCCAGGCAGGGUCAUCCAGGCCACCCCGAGCCAAACAGCCACCCUUGGGAGCUCCAGGUCCUCACAGAAUGGGCAUCUGUGUCGCACAAUAGGAAGAGGACUUAGACUGAACAGGUGUCCGAGGGCUGGCCACCCCAAGCUGGCAAAGUGUUAGCCUCUCUCAGGCUGUGUGCCAAGUGUAUCAGGCCACGGUGGCCACAGCCAAAGCCCUGGGCCCAGCUCACCUGAGCGGCGGGUGGCGGGUUCUGUCGGGACCAUGCUGGGGCCUUUGGGGUGUGCCGAAAGGUCAGGAAGGGGACUUCAGCCUCCCUCCAUCCGGCCUGGCCCUCCCCAGGGGAGACACUGGUUUGUGUCUGCCCCAGCGCACUGGGAGUGCCAACCGCCUUCGAGCGCCUGGUCCAGGAACCUAGACGUGGCCCGUGGUGGCUGCCAGCGCCUGCCAAGACCCUUGUAUAUUACACAGUCCUGAUUUCAAACUUCAGCCUAUUUAAGAGAACACUCAAAACACUGUUUUUAACCCUUGUCCUUUGCAAAGCAUGUUCCUUGUGUGAGGGGUGGGGAGGCUCGGGCACCCGUCUCGGUGCCAGGCUCCUGCAGACCCACGAAGGGCGGGCGCCAGGGUGCAAGCAGCAGGUCGGGGCCCUGACCCCCUAACCCAGAGGAUCUUGCUGAAGCCACCUUUUCAUAUCUUUCUCUUGAAUUCUGUUUUAAAUCGGAAUAAAUUUUGUUCCUAAA